AUGACCGAUGCGGCAUUGGAGGAUGCUUUGGCGAAACGGAUGCACAAGAAUGGUUAUACAGUGAUGUUUCGCCUGCAAGACGUUCUAGAAAACCGUCUCGAUUUUAUUGCGUUUCGUACCUUGCUGAAAUCGAGCGGUAGUACUGCCAUGAUUUUGAUCCCUCCGCCAUCGAACAUUUUACCCGGGUCACCCAACGGUUGCACGGAGUCGCCAAUGCUGGAUUCCGUUUCAGAAGAAGGCUUACCGGUUUGCAAGCACGACUCUCCAGUAUUUCAUCAAUCCACAAUGUCUGCUUUUUAUGACUUUUUGCUAAAUUGUGAUCCAAAGGCACUCCUGGCUGUGGUAGAGGAAAGUGAGGAUACGUUGAAUGUUAUGCGUGACUAUGCGUCCGGAGUUGCACCCUUAGGUGCUGUUAAUCGGUACAGGAUAAUUUCGUCUACGUACAAGAGCAUUUCGAAUUACAAGUCUUUCAACAUUUUUGGCACAUUGAAGAGUGCUCACAACGAGGAAGCUGAUGAAAAUGUAGCAACCGACUCCAGCGGCAAGUCUUUUAAAGAGCCAAAGCGCGAUGGUGUCAUUAUUAGGCCCAAAAUUGUAUUGUGCUCCCAUUUUGAUACGUUUUCGAUGCUGCAGAGUUACCGCUCGCCAGCGUCAAGCAACACCGGUUUGAUUGCGCUCCUGGAACUCGCGCAUUUGCUUGCAGGAUUGGAUCAUCACGCCUACGAUGUCGUAGUAUUGCUGACAAGUGGCUCCAUUUUGAACUUCCAGGGCGCGGCAACAUUCGCAAAUUCAUACCCCAAUAUCGACAACGUUGAGCUGGUGCUCUGCCUCGAUGAUCUGACUAGUCCGGAGCUUUACGUUCACACUUCGAGCAAGUCCACCGCAUUUUCGCAUCUAUUCCAAGAGCACCUAUCUGGUAGCUUGAGUGACACGAUUAAACGAGGUGUGAACACGAAGGCCAAGCUUCUGUAUUUCCAGCACGAACAAUUCACCCGCCAGAAAGUACACUCCAUAACGCUAACAUCUGUGAAGGACUUGAUUGCGUUGCCGCUGCGUCAGCGCCCUUUUGAGCACUCGUGCGAUGUGUCGGUUUUGGCUAAUCACGUCAUUGCGAUUGCUCAAGCAUUGGCAUCUGCAUUGCACUGCGGUCCGCUGAAUGUGGAUGCGUCUGAAGUGCAAGCACGCAUCGCCUUGUGGGAAGGGAGACUUGGGAACCCGCGUUGCGGUUUGACGUACGAUCUUCAUAAAGAGGAAGGAGUUGUCUCGGUUAUGAAUUAUUUGCGUCCGUUGCUGGAGACCAUCUCCACCCCGAAUGUCUCCAGUAAGAUUGUUGGUUUCGAAUUUCACUCCAAUAAGCCCAUGCGCGUCGUGUUUUAUCGGAACCGCACUAUCGUAUACCACGUCUGCGUUAUGCUUGCGUCGGCGGUCUACAUUUUUAUAGUGUGGUCGAUAAUCCGCGCUUCGCCCAAAGCGGCAUUUACUGACAUAAUGGAGACAAUGUACGGGGCAGCGUCAAGUAAGCAGCAGGACUCUUCGGACGCCAGACCCACCGGUCGCUCGCAGACCAAGUACAAAAUCGUAUAA